AAAAGAAAAAAAAAAAGAGAAAAAUAGUAGUGUAUUGUGUAGAUGAUUGAAGAAGCUCUUUCUUUAUCGCAGAUCUUAUACAGAAUCAGUGUUCAUCAUCCAAGGUCCAUAAACUCCCAAAUUCGACCAAAAAUCCAGCUUAAUCGGCAUUAAUCCCAGAAACUUUGAUUGUUGACCCUGUUUGACCAUGGCGAACAAACCUCAAAUCCCGAAUAAGAAUUCUGCACUUAUUGCUGUUAUUGCUGAUGAGGACACAAUUACUGGCUUUUUACUUGCUGGAGUUGGUAAUGUUGAUAUCAGGAGGAAGACGAAUUAUCUGAUUGUGGACAGUAAAACAACGGUAAAACAAAUCGAAGAAGCAUUUAAGGAGUUCACAGCAAGGGAGGACAUUGCAAUUGUGUUGAUCAGCCAAUAUAUUGCAAAUAUGAUCAGAUUUUUGGUUGAUAGCUACAACAAACCAAUUCCAGCAAUUUUGGAGAUUCCAUCAAAAGACCAUCCCUAUGACCCUGCGCAUGAUUCGGUUCUUUCACGGGUUAAAUACCUCUUCUCUGCCGAAUCAUCAUCAAGCAGAUUUUAGUCAUAUGAUGUUCGUCUGAAUGUUGAAUGUUUUGAUUUCCGAGAACUGUUCACAUUCUGAGUUGAUAUUCCAUUCCUUUGUUUAUGUUCACAAAAUAAGGAGUGUAAUUAAUUUAUUACUUUUUGUAUGUCGACCUUAAACGAGUUUGUCUCUGAACAGCAAUUCCAUGAUUAUGCUCCAUUCAAAGCUUGGAUAACCAUGUUUUUAUUUCUCAGUUUUGUAAUCAGGGAAUACAUUUUACUA